CCCGCGCGCGCGCCAUUAAAACCCCUACUAGGUGGAAGAAUCCCAGAUUUCCUAGACGCCACACGAAGUCGUUCACUUGUCCUUUGCUUUCACAUUCACAAAAUCCGUUCUUGGUUCUUAUUUUAUUUGGGUUUUCUUUUUGUUUUGUUGUUGUUGGAUUGAUUACACAUGGAACUUCAACUGGGUCUCGCUCUUCCAAGCAAUCCUUCCAAAGGGUUCGAUUUGAAUUACUUUGCUUCUGAGCCUAAGGAGAUAGCCAUCUCGAACAGAUCGUUCAAUGUUGCGUCUAGCUGCACAGAUAUUAACGACAACAACAAAAAACGUAGUUUCGACCAAACCUUUGAGAAUGCUACGGAUAGCACCGUGCCUCGAACGCUUCCUUUGCUGCUUUGGAACCUCCAUCCAAACGAGGAAGACGACCCCAAAGACCUCGAGAAUCAUUCUUUAGUCACCUUUAACAACAAAAAAGAUGGCGAUAAUGGAGAUGGUCUGGUGGGGUGGCCACCCAUUAGGUCACGGUGGACUAGGAAUAAGAGGCUUUGCCACGAGAACAAUCGGGCAGUAGGGCUGGAGAAUGGAUUUGCUUGUGGAAUCAGAGGAUCAAGCUCAACGUACGUGAAGGUGAAGAUGGAAGGAGUUCCAAUAGCAAGAAAGAUCGACUUAAGCCUCCAUCAUUCUUUCCAAACGCUCACAGAGACCUUAAUGGACAUGUUCGGGCAAUGGUGGUUGGAAACGGGUCAGAAGGAUUCAAACCAGUAUAAGCUUGCUUACCAGGACAGGGAAGGAGACUGGCUAUUUACUGAUGACGUAUCUUGGAGAACUUUCAGUCGUUCGGUGCAACGUAUCAAAUUACUGAAGAGUAGCCGUUGAUCAUUGAGCUAGCUAGCUAGCUGUAGCACGCUUUGCAUUCCUCCGAGUUUAGCUCUAUAUAAAUUAAUUAAUUACCUUAAUUAGUAGACUGAUCAAUGCAGUUUCAUUUGCAUGAAUUUAGUAUGAGUAUGUAAUUAAUAUAUGGUUUAUGCAUGCAGUAGAUCAUGAACAACCUAACUCGUUGUAUAUCCUAUAUAUAUGGAUAACCCAUUAACCGUUUGCCCCUAAAUGAAAUAUAUAUACAUAAUUUUA